CUCGACUAUAUAUACCGCCCGACGUUAACUUACCGUCAACAGUCAACAAUUAGCGUUUAACUAAUACACAUAGGUACAAUUUAAAGAUGCAGGGUGUUACCAUAAUCGCCUUUCUAGUCAUCGCCGUUACCGCCGUCUACGGCCAAGGGGACUACGGCCACGGGCUCGACCUAGGAGGCGGCGGCCACGGCCACCACCACCUCCAAGAAUACAUCGACUACAAGGCCCCGCCGCACUACCACUACGACUACGCCGUCCACGACCUGAAGCACCACGACAUCAAGAGCCAGUACGAGCACCGCGACGGCAAGGAGACCAAAGGGCGCUACGAGCUCCUGCAGCCCGACGGCAGGAAGCGCAUCGUCGAGUACGUGGCAGGAAAACACGGCGCCGACUACAAGGUGAGGUACGAGGGUAAGGCAGAGCACGGGGGCAUCGGCUCCCUCGGCGGCGGCUACUACUAGAAGAUUUACCCGCCCCCGCUUCGCACCAGACUGGACCUAUGUUUGUUAUAUACCUACCUUGUUAACUGUUGUGUACGUUUAAGUUUGUUUUUGUACCGUUUUUCGCAAUAAAACUCGUUGAUGUUAUCGAGUGGUUUCAUUCA